AUGCAAUGGUAUCUACCCGUACUGGCAUCGUAUCCCACUAUGUACGACUCCAAAAUUGUGGUGCCUGAAGCCUUUAUUUUGGGCUCUGGGGAGCACCAUGAUGACCUCGGCAGCGUUAUUCAUCUCAUCUGUAUCCUCGAAAAGGCAACAAGAUGGCGGCGAUCUUGCGUCACCUGCCUUUUGUUGCUUUCUUCAGUGAUGGUUCAUUUCGGCCUGCGAUGA